AUGAUAGGUAACGGCAGCAGUAAUUCGGGACCGCCUGUGGCCGAGGCCGUGUGUGGAAUGACGCCUCCCGGUCCCUCUGCUGGGUCUGCAUCGGGUCCGUGUGCUGGGUCUGCAUCGGGUCCGUCUAGUAAGCCUGCAUCGAGUGUUUCUGCGGGACCGCCGUCCGUGGCUGGUUUAGGAGGUGCCGGACGGUCGUCGGCGAGCGUGUCGGCGAGUGUGUCGGCGAGCGUGUCGGGUUUACAGGCAGGUCCUUUAGCACAAGGUGGAUCAUUUCAGAGUGGUUCGUUUCAGAGUGGUCGUCGAGUUUAUCGGUUUGGCGUGACGGAUCCGAUAUCUUGGGAGGGUCCUAGUGCAAGUGAUUUCAUAGCAACUGAAUCACUGGAGCAUUGUAUGCGGUUACGUGGUUUGUAUGAGACUCGUGAGGGUAGUUUACAUCGCGAGCGAGUGUUGGAGCGACUAGGUUGUUUGGUAGAGGAGUGGGUGCAAGAAACAGGUGUAGCGUUGGAUAUUCGUGAAGCGCGUGAGGCUCAUGGGUUGAUAUUUACAUUUGGAUCGUACCGGUUGGGUGUGGUGACCCCAGCAAGUGACAUCGAUACGUUGUGUGUGGUACCGCAUUAUGUUACACGUGCUGCGUUUUUUGGAGGAUUAUUGGCGAAGUUACAACAAGAUCCAUCAGUUGCAGAAUUACAGCCAGUACCUGAUGCGUUUACACCUAUAAUUAGGUUCUCUUAUCUUGGUGUAGACAUUGAUUUAUUGUUUGCAAGUUUGCCAAUGACUCAUUUGAACAUGUCUAAUUUAUUAGAUGAUGAGUUAUUGAAACACGUUGAUGAGAAGACAGCACGAUCACUUAAUGGCAGCAGAGUUAAUGAUAUGAUGCUGUCACUUGUACCAUCUAAAGAAGCAUUUAUUACUACACUUCGUCUUAUUAAACAAUGGGCAAAGGUACGAGGUAUCUACUCAAAUGUUAUGGGAUUUCUAGGAGGUGUAGCAUGGGCAUUAUUAGUCGCAAGAAUAUGCCAACUUUAUCCCAGACAUGCUCCCAAUCAAUUAAUCAAAAGAUUCUUCAAAAUAUACGCCAUAUGGAAUUGGAAAUUACCUGUUGUAUUAUGCAAAAUCAAAGAAUACCCGGAUGUACCUGGACUCAUGAACUUCAAACCUUGGAAUCCAAAAACCAACUUACACGAUCGAAACCAUCUAAUGCCUAUUAUUACACCCGCUUUCCCAUCUAUGAAUUCCACUCAUAAUGUUACCAAGUCAACUAUGCAAGUCAUCAUUAGAGAAUUCCAACGAGCACUCACCGUACUCGAACAAGCUGAAGAUCAUGAUAUCGCGACCGGAUCGGAUGCACAACCCGCAACGGAUGCACAACCCGCAACGGAUGCACAACCCGCAACGGAUGCACAACCCGCAACGGAUACACAACCAUCGGCCCCAAUGUUGACUCCGAUGGAUACAACACCAACAGUCACUCCCAGUGUGUGUGUCAGUCAAUCGGAUACAGUUUGGGACCGUUUGUUGAGCCCGUUCGAGUUCUUUGAGAGCUUCGAUCAUUACAUUGCGUUGACGAUUUUGGCUGAUGGUGAGCAGGUGUAUCGAAAAUGGUUUGGUUGGGUUGAAUCUAAACUGCGAUUUUUUACCCGCCAGCUUGAGGUCAUGGAGGUGGUUACGCAGGUCCGGCCUUGGCCGCGCAAGGUCGAUGUCAAGACGGACGGAGGGGCUGGAGUCGAAGGGGCUGGAGUCGAAGGGGCUAGAGUCGAAGGGGCUGGAGUCGAAGGGGCUAGAGUCGAAGGGGCUGGAGUCGAAGGGGCUGGAGGGACGAGGGUAUGGGAACAUGCGGCGCAGCUCUACGUCGGUGUCGAGGUUGCUCGCCCGCCAAGCGCUUUACCUGAGGAGCUUGUCGUCGUCGAUUUCCGUCGCGCCAUUGGUGACUUCCUGGCACUCAUACAUGGCUGGAACGACCGCCCCGCACAUAGUAACAGCGUCAACCUCCGCGUAACCUACGUUCCCAAACAAAGCUUACCAAUCCACCUCCGCUGCACAAGAACGGACCCAGACCGCAUAACACCGGACCCAGACCGCAUAACACCGGACCCAGACCGCAUAACACCGGACCCAGACCGCAUAACACCGGACAAGAAACAGGCUGCAGAGACAGAGCGCGUUGGGCAGCCCGCAGCGGACGAGAUGACCCGCAAGAAAGAGUUGCCCACCGACGGCGAGUCGCCGCCGGUGACGAAACGCGCGCGCCUGGAAUCGCGCCCGCCUGUCGUGGAGGCCCCAGGUUCCGAGUCCACCGUUUCUUGA